UGGUGUCAAGAAAAGAAGAGAGAUGAAGUUGAGCAAAGUGCAGUAUGAUGAGAUUGCGCUUUUCAUUACCACACUUCGACCUACACGGCAAUCCUUGAAACGUCUAAACGAGAGAUUUCCCCAUCAAUCGCAGUCCACUCUGCUGAGCAUCUUCUCCCAGGAGUACCAGAAACUAAUGAAGAAGACCCACAUUAGACACCACGCUCCGGAGGCGAUCGAGUCUUAUUAUAACCGCUACCUAAAUGAUGUGAAGGAGAACCCAGGAGCCCCCGUCUUGUUGGACAUGGCUAACGAGGUGGACUUUUCUCCAGCCCUGAUGGCUCGGCUCAUCCUGGAAAGGUUUCUUCAAGACCGUGAAGAGGGCCCCAACACAAGACCGGUUUUGAUCAGCAUGCUGCGCGACACAUCCCUAAUCCCGGACCCUGUUCUUGCCGAUCAAGUCCAUCAGUGUAUCAUCAAUGACUAUUGUAACGGGCCCAUGGUGGACUGCAUUAAACACUCUAUCGGUUAUGAACACGAAGUUCUUCUGAGACAGAAGCUGACCGAGAGAGACCUGCCGUUUUUAGACGAACGUCAGCUGCGUCUUAAGGGUUACGAUAAAACUCCGGACUUCAUAUUGGAAGUGCCUGUCGCUGUUGACGGGCACGUCAUUCACUGGAUCGAGAGCAAAGCGUCGUUUGGAGAUGAGAGCAGCCACCAAAUGAAUCUGCAGGACCAGUUCUGGAGCUAUUGGAACCGGUUUGGGCCAGGCCUGGUUAUAUACUGGUACGGGUUUAUAGAGGAGCUGGAUUGCAACAGAGAACGUGGCAUUCUACUGAAGGAUGAGUUUCCCAGUGACAUUGUGACACUGCGGGGCUGCAUGUCGCAGGAGGACGAGCAGGGCCACAACACACUUGAGCGCAACAACGACAAAAGCCAGGAAACAGUAUAAUAUGUCAGGACAGAGCAAAACUGCUGAACUCCAGAUGAACUUCUGCACAAGGUUACCAAGCUGUCUCCUCCUGCAAACACUCAGACAAUACGUUUACCUUCCUUCCAAGUCGCCUGGUGCCUGCGCUACAGCCCAAAACACACGCAUUCCCCCUAGCACCUAUGUAAAGGCUCUUGGGCCGUACGCGGCGGCCUUCCUUCCGUGUGCCCCUUCUAACAUGCAAGACGUAGCAGCAGGUCGAGAGGAAGCCAUUUUCACCUCUGACGCCUUCGCUGGUAAAACCCUCCAGAUAUAUUUGCAGAGUAACUCGUGGAGGGAUAAGACAUCCAUGGGAGUUUACGUGGGUCGCAGGAAGUGUUAGUAGUGGCACUUAGGUGUUACCGACAAGAGUUACUUACCGUGAGAUGCUUGUGGCUAAAAAGCAGCAAGUGAUGUUAGAAAGAUGACAUUCCCAGCGUCUGCAUAUAGACUUUUUUUUUAAAAAAAAAUUCUGUUACUCACGUAGUUUUGAUCCUUACAACUGAAAAAGUGUGUUUAUUCUGCAUUGCCCCCAUUAACCCAAGUGCCCCCCAAAAACGUAUUUUUGUAUUACCAACAGGCUCUUAAGUACAAUGUAAAUAAAGUAUGAAUUUGCAUUUCAA